AGGCGAAAGACGCAGGAAGCAAGCCGAAAGUCAGCUCGCAGAACUUUCCGCCAAAUUAGCAGAAGUAGACAGAUCAAGGGCAGAAUUGCAGGAGAAGACGAUCAAGCUUCAACAGGAGGUCGAGAACGCUGCUCAACAAUUGGAACAAGCCGAACUCAAAGCCUCUACAGCAAUGAAGAACCAAGCCACGAUAGAGUCUCAAUUCGCUGAAGCUCAAGCGGCGUUAGAGGAGGAGACCAAGCAAAAGCUGUCUCUAAGCUCAAAAUUGAGGCAAAUUGGAGUCGGAGAAGGAGACGCUCCAGGAACAGAUAGAAGAGGAGGAAGAAGCUAAGAAGAACCUUGAGAAACAGAUGGCGGCGAUGACCGCCCAGCUGGCCGAAGCGAAGAAAAAGGCCGAAGACGAAGCAGAACAGGCCGCCAUAUUGGAAGAGAGCAAGAAGAAACUCGCCAAGGAUUUGGAAGCGCUGCAGAGGCAAGUUGAAGACUUGACAGCCGCCAACGAUAAGCUGGAGAGGAGCAAGAAGAAGAUCGCCGCCGAACUCGAGGACGCGAACAUCGAUCUGGAGACUCAACGCCAGAAAGUCUCCGAGCUGGAAAAGAAACAGAAGAACUUCGACAAGAUCCUCGCCGAAGAAAAGGCAGUUAGCGAACAGCUCGGCACCGAAAAGGAAGCGGCCGAAAAGGAAGCCAGGGACAAGGAAACUCUCGUCCUGUCUCUGAAACGCGAACUGGACGAUUCCAACGUGAAAAUCGAAGAGUUGGAGAGGGUCAGGAGACAGUUGCAAUCGGAGUUGGACGAGUUGGUGAAUAACCAGGGUACCGCGGAUAAGAAUGUGCACGAGCUAGAAAAGGCGAAGAGAUCGUUGGAGAGCCAACUUGCAGAGCUGAAGGCUCAGAAUGAAGAGCUGGAAGACGAGCUGCAGCUGACCGAGGACGCCAAGUUGAGGCUGGAGGUUAACAUGCAGGCGUUGAGAGCGCAGUUCGAGAGAGAUAUUCAGGCAAAAGAAGAACAAGCCGAAGAAAAACGAAGAGGUAUAUUGAAGCAACUGCGUGAUUUGGAAGCGGAGCUGGACGAAGAAAGGAAACAAAGAGCCGCAGCUGUCAGCGCUAGAAAGAAGCUGGAGGGGGACAUAAAGGAAUUGGAAAGUCAGACUGAGUUACACAUCAAGGUGAAAGAAGACGCGCUGAAACAGCUGAAAAAGUCGCAGCAACAGUGCAAAGAGGCGGUCAGAGAAGCGGAGGAAUGCCGGGCGUCCAGAGACGAAUUGGCGGCGGGAUGCAAAGAGGCGGAAAGGAAAGCGAAGGCUAUGGAAGCGGAAGUACUUCAACUGGCCGAAGAGGUGGCGGCUGCCGAAAGGGCCAGAAGGGCCGCCGAAGCGGAGAGAGACGAAUUGUUAGAGGAGGUCAAUAGCAGUAAUAGCAAAGGUAGUCUCCUAAUCGAUGAAAAACGGCGGUUAGAAGCACGCAUCGCCACAUUAGAAGAAGAAAUUGAGGAAGAACAAAGCACCAAUGAACUGCUGCAAGAUAGAGCAAGGAAAGCACAGCUCGCUGCUGAGCAGGCUCAGGCAGACCUCGCCGCAGAACGUUCCGCCUUCCAGAAGCAGGAAUCUCAACGGUUGCUGCUAGAAAGACAGAACAAGGAACUUAAGGCAAAACUUGCGGAGCUUGAAACAGCGCAACGUACCAAGACCAAGGCAACGAUUGCAGCUCUCGAAAGCAAGAUUAGCAAUUUGGAGGAACAGCUCGAGGUGGAAGCGAAAGAGCGCCUCGCCGGCCAAAAGACGAACCGAAAACUGGACAAGAAAAUAAAAGAACUGCUGAUGCAGCUGGAGGACGAACGCAGACACGCAGACCAGUACAAAGAGCAAGUGGAGAAGAGCAACACGAGGGUGAAGACGUUGAAGAGGCAGUUAGACGAAGCCGAGGAGGAAAUUGCGAGAGAGAAAGCGCAGAAGAGGAAGGCUCAGAGGGAAUGCGAGGAUAUGCUGGAGAGCCACGAGAGCAUGACGAGGGAGAUCAACAACCUCAAGAGCAAACUCAGCGUUUCUCAGUUAACAACAACCCCUGCGUUUACAACAAACGAGCAGAUUCAGACUAGUCUGCCAGAAACCAUCAGAAAGUUGUGGGGGGUAACGUUCGACAUGAAACGAGGUACCAUGGGCAUUUCCUCCUCCCGGCUGAGCUCGAGCACCAAACGUGGUUCCGUUCAAACCUCAUCGACCACAGGAAGCGGAAACGGAAGUGGAGACGACUCCACCACUCAGGAUGAGGCCAUGGACGGCGACGACGCUCCAAAUUAGACUUCAAAUUGGAAACCAACUCAGUCGCUAUGCAUUUAAUAGACCACGAUGUACUAGACGCCAGCUUGGAAAACUGCUUUCGAAAAUUGAAUGUGGGUCACUCUCGAAGCGGCGCUGGACUCACAGAGUGUAUCGUGCGUAUUUUCUCGCGAAAGAGACUGCGGUGAAUUGUUUCUAUGGAAAUGUCAAAAAUUAAACAUACUUUUCGAUCAAUUUUGAGUUUCACAUGCAAUUUAAGGAUAUAGAGACAACGUUGACCAUAUGAAUUUGACAUUUGGUUUAAAGGUUCAGUAACUUUUCAAGGGUGCAAUUGACUAUAUAUUACGUGGUCUGUUUCCAAGAUUUUGAAGUUUAAAGCUUAAAAUUGUACCCACGAAGAAAUUUGAAGCAACAUUUAUACAUGCAAAAAUAAGGAUUUUUUCGAGUGGCCCACGUUGUUGCAAUUUUAUUAUGAUUCACUACGUACUGCAUUUAAACGUUCUCCUUUAAAAGGAAAAGCGUGAAACGGUUGAGUUACUUUUUUUUCAUUUUGAAACUUUAUAUGUUUGGGUCUAAAUUACAUUUAUUGCAGUAAGAUUAUGUUGUCCUGGUGUUUAAGCGAAAGCUUUGAGGUCUGCUCACAAUGUCGUAUCGAGCCCCUGCAUUCAGGCUUCUGCGUGCGAGGCUGCUUUGGUGUGAAAAAAACGUCUCCUGAAAAUUGAGGUCCCGUUUUUAAUGUGUACUCGCUCUAGCAUACGUGAUUCUAUGUCUAUCUGUCUCAUAUACAGGGUUGGCCAUAGUAAAAUUCACUUUUGAAAACAAUGUAAAUAAAAGAGUUUGCUAUUUUUUAUGAUAUAAAGGAGGCAAUUUAUGUUUUGAAAAUGAUAUCAAUUUGGUUUCCAGAUGUUCGAAACGGCACCUCAAACGUCCCUUUUUUUAGAUAUCUUUUCAAUUUCCUAUUUGCAACAGUAUUUUGUCAAAAAAUGCAUUUUUCAAUCGGAACUUGUUAACAAAUAUAAGUACAGCUCUGAAAUUGUGUGUGAAUAUUCCUCUUUUAUGCAAGAAUGAAACGAGUGAUUACUAUUGUUCUUAUCACUUUUCCUUUUCAAAAAAUCUUUGAUUUUCUUGAAGCAAAAAGAGCAAAAGUAAUCACUCGUUUCAUUCUUGCAUAAAAUAGGAAUAUUCACAUACAAUUUCAGAGCUGUACUUAUAUUUGCUAACACGUUCCGAUAGCAGAAACAAUGCACAAAGAAUGCAUUUUUUGACAAAAAAUUGAAAACAUUGUUUUUUAGCCUUCUCUAUACAGGCCAUGAAAUUAUCAGAAUUUAGAAGAUUGCUGCAAACAGAAAGUUGAAAAAAUCUAAAAAAGGGACGUACCACCUUAAGCACUAAUUGCUAUCAUAUUUUGGAUGGAACUUGAGGAAAAGAACCUCAUUUCCCAUCUUUCACCUCCAAAAUUUAUCGAUCAUAUUUACCUACAUUUGGAAUGCCUCAAUCCAAACGCGUAUGUCACCAUCAAAAUCACUCUAAAUUAUGACACGAUUCUAGUACGAUACGCUAAAAUGAACAGGCCUUAAUUUUUUUAUACAGGGUGCUUCGUGCUUGAAUGAGCAUAGUAAAUUAUACCGAGACCUUUUUUAUCAGACAAUAAAAAUGUUCUACGUUCAGUUUUUAAGGAUAAACAGGGUGGAACUUUUUUAUGUUCAGAUAUGUUUUUCACUGUGCCAAUUCGAGUACGAAACGCUCUGUAUACGUGCUGAAAUUUAUUUUUGGACUAAAUUCAAUAUGUGCCUUUGAUAUAAAUUUUCUUGAUUUUCGAUUGACUGGACGAAGGUGGUAAUAAUUUAAUUCUUAUCGCAUCUGAACGACUGGUUUGGUAUCUGUAUAUGAAAAAUAUGCUUAUUUGUAUAUUUUAUAUAGUACUUAGAGGACGCCACUGUCCGCAUUUAAUAUAUAUACACACUCGCUUUGUUUUGUUAUAUAACGUCGAGAGCAGCAUUUACCUACUUUACUUUUUUUUAUUCUUUAUUUUCGCAUUUUAUUUAUAUACACACAUGAAUUUGUAGUACGUUGAUUUUCAUUUACCCUCGGUACUUUUAUUACAUUAAUUAAGUGAUAAACUUAUGUAUAAUUUAUUUAGUAUCACUUCUUUUUUCCUAAUCGAGUUCGCCAUAUGAUCGGUCAGAUUGUUUUCAAAUAAAUUUUUUUUGUUGCAUUUCUGAUCGAUGAUUCAGCGGAAAUCGUGCUAAUCGGGUACAUAUAACUUUUAUACUAAGCAACGCUAUUAAAAAAUAAAAUGAACUAGCUGUAGCUAUUAACCUUUUGAUACAUAUUUUGUAGAAAUAUAUAUUUUGUAAAAAUCAACUAUAUUUUAGUCUGAAACCGUUUUUGAUAUGCACGUUUUUGUAUUAUAAAGACAAUUUCCUGCAUCUUGUAAAUAUUCUAAUUUGUAUCAGGGUUAGGGGUUCAUCAUACUUAACUGAUGAAUAAAAUUUUAUAAAACCCA